UUUCCAAACCGCAAAAAGAAAAAAAAAAAAAAAAAAAAGUCUCUAGAACACUACUUACGCUGUUAUCUAAUAAUCUAUCAUGCGGAUUCAACAUGGAUGAACCAUUUCUCUCCAAAGAAGAAGGAACCAGUACUUUACAAUCUAUCAAGAGAGAAUUCACAUCUCCCUUUCUUGAUAUUGGUCCUCCAAGGCGCCAAUCAACUGCUAGUCUUAUCACCAAUGAUACAAUUAUUCCUAUUAUCACUACACCAAAGACUCCCUCUUAUGUUAACCUCAUCGCAAAUUUGAACAAGAAGAAAAACCUAACUCGCCGCUCUCACUCUGCUCCUUCUGUAUUCAGUGAAGUUAAGGAAACUUUUACUGAUUCGUUUGACCCUCGCCCGCCCCCUAAAUCCACUCCUGUGAUUGUUCAGCAGGCUUUUAUUGGUUUGAUUUUAUAUAUAAUUCUUGGUAUUGUAGUAUUUUUGGUUAGUGGAAAUUUCAAAGGCACUGCCACAUUCAGGCCCGUGGAUGCCUUGUACUUUAUGGUAGUUACUCUUUGCACGAUAGGUUAUGGCGAUAUUGUUCCAGAUUCGACGUUCACCAAGCUUUUUACCUGUGUUUUUAUUUUGGUUGGAUUUGGGUUCAUCGAUAUUCUGCUACAUGGGUUGGUCUCAUACAUUUGUGAUAGGCAAGAAGCAGUUUUCUUAAGCACAGUGGACGAGAAUCGAUUCAAUACAAUGGUUAGAACGUAUAUGAUUGAUAAAGAAAAAGGAAGAAUGAGAAUAAGAAUCAAAGUGUGCUUGGCCUUGAUAGUUGUGGUUGGUUGCCUUGCUAUAGGGACAAUUGCUGUGCAUUUUCUGGAAAAUUUGAGCUGGGUUGAUAGUUUUUAUCUCUCUGUUACAUCUGUAACAACUGUAGGCUAUGGGGACUAUGCCUUUUCCACAGUAACAGGGAGGUGUUUUGCUAUUGUUUGGUUACUAGUAAGCACAUUGGCUGUUGCUAGGGCCUUUCUCUACUUAACUGAGCUCAGGAUUGACAAGAGAAAUAGAAGAAUUGCAAAAUGGGUUCUUCAGAAGAAGAUGACCCUGGGGGAUUUAGUAGCUGCAGACCUUGAUAAUGACGGAUCCAUCAGUAAAUCGGAAUAUGUGAUAUACAAGCUCAAGGAGAUGGGAAAGAUAGCAGAGAAAGACAUCCUGCAGAUAUGCAAUCAAUUUGAUUUGAUAGACAGUAGCAAAUGUGGCAAAAUUACUCUUGCAGACCUCAUGGAAAGUGAAUGAACCAAAUGCGGUUUCUAUGGGAACUAGACUGUCAAGUUUCAGAUUUUGCCCUGUACAGAAGUAGAAAUCAGAAGAACAUCCCAUCAUUAUUCUUUUAUAUACAAUGGCCUCGGCCAUAUUGUGGCCCAUUCCCUCCCACAAGCAGACAACUACUGCUCAGCUGGCUACUACUGGGGGGCUAUUCUUUGCAAAUAUUAUUUUGGUGAAGAAAUGAAACAUCACUAGUCUUUGUUU